CAACUCCUGAGUUUAAAGGCUGUAAACUUGCUUUAGCCAUUGCUGCCUGCUGGGAAACUGUUGUGGAGUCUAGCAGACCAGGGCCACAAUGGGGGCAUUUUCAAGCAAACAACAGACAGAAUCUGCUCCUUGCAGCCUUCUCACCGUAAAGGUCAUAAAAAUGAAAAAUCUCCGGAAGGCAGACCUGCUAACCCAGUCUGAUUGCUACGUGACUUUGUGGCUGCCAACUGCUUCAGUGAAAAAGACUAGGACCCAGACCGUGAAGGACAACAAAGACCCGGUGUGGAAUGAAACAUUUCACUUUAGGAUUCAGAAUGAAGUAAAGAACAUUCUGGAGCUUGAAGUUACUGAUGAAGAUAAGCAUACUGCAGAUGACCAUCUCCUCACUGUUUUCUUUGAUGUUUCUAAAAUCCAACUUGGUGAAACAACCCGCCUGAGCUUUCAGCUGAAUCCAAAAGGUAAGGAGGAACUAGAAGUUGAAUUCACAAUGGAGAGCAGCCCAGAUGUCCCAGAGAAGAUUUUUACUAAUGGAGUUUUGGUGGCGCGUGAAGUUGCCUGCUUGGAAGUUCAAGUAGAUGAGGGAAGAAUGAAAACAGAAAGAAAAUUCACUCUUUCCGUGGGGGGAUCCCAUGAAGAAGCUCAAAACCUCACGUUGCGCACUUGGCUUUGCCGUGCUGCUCCUGCUAAAUUUCACUACGUCAAAUAUAACCAAUCAGAAUUGGAUAUUGAACUGCCAAGGCGACAGCUUAUUAGGGUAUGUUGGUUUUUUUUUUGUCUCCAUAAUAAGGCUGAGGGACUCUAUAAUGAGGCUGAGCCACAGACAUUCGUCAGAUUUUAUAUGCAGGCGUCCCCAGAGACGAAUGAGUCGGUGACUGUUCCCCUGAACACUCUUCCUAUACAAGAGCAAGUGACAAUACCACCGAACAAAACAUUUGAUUUGAGUGUGAAGUCAAAAGAUUGGACUCAGGGCCUGCUUUGUAAAAGGCCAAAAGAUCUUGAUGUGCGUCUAGGAUAUGAUCUGUGCUCAGAUGAAAAGAAUUUCCUACAGAAACGGAAGAAAGUGGUUGCUGCUACUCUGAAAGGUCUUCUUCAUUUAGACCAAGGCCUGAAAGACCAUGAAGUGCCUGUGAUUGCCGUGACAACUACAGGAGGUGGAAUGAGAGCAUUAACCGCUAUGUAUGGCACCCUUUGGGGUCUCCAGAGGCUGAAACUUUUGGACUGUGUUUCGUAUAUAACAGGCUCAUCAGGUACAACAUGGACAAUGUCAGAUUUGUAUGAAGAUGCUGAUUGGUCAAAGAAAGAUCUUGGGGAGAUCAUCAAGAAAGCUCGAAUUCAAGCAGCCAAAUCUAAAAUGAGUGCCUUUUCCUUGGAAAGCCUAAAAGCUUACCAUAAGGAGCUAUGCCAGAGGACCAUAGCAGGAUAUAAGACAUCCUUCAUAGACCUUUGGGGACUCAUGAUCGAAGCCAUGCUGAAUGAUGGGAACAACCACCAUAAACUCUCAGAUCAACGGCGAGCAGUGAGCAAAGGCCAAAACCCUCUUCCAAUCUACUUGGCUGUGAACGUUAAGGACAACGUUACCACAAGAGAUUUUAGAGAGUGGGUAGAGUUCACACCAUAUGAGGUGGGCUUCCUAAAAUAUGGAGCGUUUGUUCGUGCUGAAGAUUUCGGAAGUGAGUUUUUCAUGGGGCACCUGAUGAAGAAGCUCCCAGAAUCAAGGAUCUGCUUUAUGCAAGGGAUGUGGAGUAGCAUAUUUUCCAAGAAUCUGUUGGAUGCCUGGCAUGCAGCUGACAAUUCAGAGGACUUCUGGAACAGGUGGACCCAAGAUAAUAUCACUGAAAUUGAUGAAGUACCUGACUUACCGGAGAGACCUCACGAGAUGCCGACUCGCAUGUUCACUCCAGCAGGCAGCCUUUCCAAUGCUCUACGGGAUAUUUUGACAGACCGUCCAGCGGUGUCAAAGUACCAUAAUUUUUUAAAAGGGUUCCAACUGCACAAUGAAUAUGCGCAGGAUCUACAGUUUUCUAAGUGGAAAGAUACUGUGCUUGAUGAAUCCCCUAAUCAGUUGAGAGAUUCAGCAGAUCACCUGGAGCUGGUGGAUACAGCAUUUUUCUUUGAUACCAGUUGCCCUCCACUUCUGAGACCAGAGAGGAAAGUUGAUGUCAUUCUGCACUUCAAUUACACUGGAGGAUCACAAGCUAAGCCUUUAGAGCGGGCGUCUACAUACUUCACAGAGCAAGGAAUACCAUUUCCCAACACUUUGCUGAAUGAUGAAGAAAAGAAAAAUCUAAAGGAGUGCUACGUGUUUGAAGAUGCACACAACCCAGAUGCUCCCACCGUGAUUUAUUUCCCACUAGUGAAUGACACCUUCCAAAGAUAUCUUGCACCCGGUGUGGAACGUAGCACUGCUGAAAUGUCACUGGGCAAUGUUGAUAUCUCUAGUGCCUUUUCUCCAUAUUCCACAAGACAGGUUUCACUGCAAGACGAGGAUUUCAACAAGCUGCUGAAUCUAACUAACUACAAUGUCCAGAAUAAUGCAAGCACAAUCCUUCAUGUUUUGCACAAAGUAGUAGACCAGAAGAAACAGGCCUGGUCAUCUCAGGUUGCCUCAUGAACACACCUUUCUUGUAGGGAUGGGGGGGGGGGGAGAGAAAUGAAAUUCAGUUCCCAUUGAAAGGUGCCAGUUUGCACUUUGCAAAACUAUAUGCAAACCAAAACACAGCAAGCCUUCAGAAUUUGCACUUCUCUGGAUUUUGCAAUGUAGUUCUCCAGUCAAGUAAUCUAUACAAAAAUCCAUAUGCUAGGAUAAAUUAUGCAUUAAGUGCACUUAAUAGUGGAGCAAUAUAUACAAAAGUGCAUUACAUAAGGGGAAAUUGCUUUGUAAAAAGUGUACAUUAGGCAAAAAUGUACCAAAUUGUGUCUUAGAAGAAAUCUGCACUAAAAUGCUGUUGAAUUUUCAUGAGUGCUUUAAAAAAAAAAUGCAAACUGAUGUUGGAAGGUGGAUAAAUGAACUUAAGACUGAAAGAAUGAGAAACUGAAAUUGAGAGAUUUGCCCAUCCCAACUUCCUUGCCAGCUUAAGAAGAAAACUUGUAAGUGGGGAAGAGAUCUAAUAGCUGAUCAAAAUACUGUAGUAGUUGGUUUUAAAGGAACUCAAAUAAUUCAAAACUGACUUCUAUUUUUUUUCUUAGUUUUUUCAGCAUGGGAGACCUCACCUAGCCCAAGACAAGGACAGAUAGCUCUUUCUCGAUUGCAAUGGUUCUAGUAUGUAAUUGGCAGGGUGGGAUGGGGAGUUCCAUCUGUGCUAGAGCCCACAAAAGUUUGGAUCAUAGCAUACAGACCAUUGCAAUUCCUUCCAUAUUUUCAGAUCGCUUAUCAUUCAAAUGUUUCCCUGUAUCCAUACAUAUAGAUUCUUUACUAUUCUUUUUAAACCAGCCAAGGUAGUUUUCUCACAGUAUUUUCUCUAACUCAUUUGAAGGGGGUGAUUAAUCUUCCAUCUAGAUAUUGUUAAGACUAAAGUGUUGUUCUUAAUAACUGUGAAAUACAGUCCAUAACAAAACUUAUAUAAAUGCCAGAUUGAAAUCAUGGUUGAACAAUUGAGUUACACCUUGGAGGGUUGUUUAUCUCGCAGGCUGCAACCUAUAUGCCAGGCAUCCCCAAACUGCAGCCCUCCAGAUGUUUUGGCCUACAACUCCCAUGAUCCCUAGCUAACAGGACCAGUGGUCAGGGAUGGUGGGAAUUGUAGUCCAAAACAUCUGGAGGGCCGAAGUUUGGGGAUGCCUGCUAUAUGCUCUUAUCUGGGAGUAAGUCCCAUUGAAUUCAGUGGAGCUUCUUGCUGACUCUGAGGAAACAUGCAGGAUUACACUGUCAAAUCUGUCCUCUUACCUAAUACUAAUUCAUUAUUGUAGGCACAAAGUUACAGCUACUGUAUUUAAUCUUUUUGUGUGUGUGUUAAUAGGUUACAUUUAUCUCUUACUCACAUGUCUUGUUUUAAGAACUGGUUUCCUGUAUGAUGGUAGAUGUAUAUAGUCAGCUGAAAAGUUUAUGGUUAGGUAACUGCUUUCACGUGAAGAAAUGCUAAAAUCAAAAGCAUGAACAAACAACAAUAAAAUUUUGCCACCUCGUCACUUC